AUGUGUUUUGAAAGUGUUGUUUGUCGGACAUCAUCAGUAAAAUGUCAUUAUGAGUCCAAUCACAGCUGGCUUUUAGGCAAAAGCGAGGAUGAGCAAAAAGAACAUAUAUCGCGUGAGUUAAAAAAAGCGAUUUCACAAUCCAGUUCUUUUGUAAACUUUGUUAAAAGUUCUUCUAACUUAGUGGCUGCAAGUUUUGAAGUUUCAAAAAUUAUAGCUAAGCAUGGAAAACCUUUAAGUGACGGUGAUUAUAUCAAGGAAGCAAUGUUAGAAUGUGCGUCUUAUUUGUUUGAAGACUUUCAAAACAAGGAUAAAGUCAUUCAGAGAAUAAAUGAUUUGCCAAUAAGCCGAAACACGGUUAAAGCGAGAGUUAUGAAAUUGCACGGUAAUAUUCAAGACCAAGUAAAGAAAGAUAUUAAUGCAUGUCAAGCCUAUUCUAUUUGCCUUGAUGAAAGUACUGAUGUGACAUCGUCCGCUAGACUGGCCAUCAUUGCCAAAUAUAGCAAAGGAAAUGAAAUACACGAAGAACUAAUAAAAUUAGCAACUUUACCAACGACAACAACAGGUGCAGAUAUAUGUCAAACUGUUGUGACUGAACUCAGAAAUGCAGGUGUAGAUAUCAAAAAAAUAGUUUCUAUUACAACUGAUGGUGCUCCAAGUAUGACUGGAAAAGAUACAGGUUUCGUUAUUUUGUUUACAGGACAUGUUGGACACCCACUAAUAACUUUUCACUGCAUUGUGCACCAACAAGCCCUAUGUUCAAAAAACGGCUUAAAGGAACUUGAAGACAUUAUGAAAUGUGUAACAAAAACCGUAAACUUCAUUACAGCCUGUGCUUUGAAUAAAAGAAAAUUUGAACAGCUGCUAAAUGAAGUUCAGUCCAGUUACUCUGGCUUAUUAAUGUACAACAACGUACGUUGGCUAAGCCGAGGUCACGUUCUGGAACGGUUUGUGGAAUGCCUUAAUGAAAUUCGAAUCUUUAUGGAUGAUAACAAACAAAAUUGCUCAGAAUUGACAAAUGUUGACUGGCUUAUCAGACUAAUGUUUUUUACCGAUUUUUCAUCCCAUUUAAAUGAACUUUAUACGAAGUUGCAAGGUUUCGGAAAAUCUGUCGAUCAGGCAUUUGACGUCUUGACAGCAUUUGAGAAAAAGUUGAAGAUUUACAAACGUGACAUAGAGAAGGAAGAAUUUAAAUAUUUUAACAGACUGAAGAAAUUCUAUGAUGAUUUAAAAGUUCAUGAUACUGCCGGCAAAGAUUUUCAGAAAAGAUUGUUUCUAGAGAUAAUUGACACAACUGCUGAACAAUUUUCACUGCGUUUUGAACAAUUUCGAAAAUUCGAGUACACCUCCAAAUUUAUAAAAUAUCCAGAUACAGUAGAUUUUGAAACUCUGGAUUUGACCAUGUUUUCUUGGAUGGGAUUACACGACUUUGAAAUGCAACUUGUUGAGUUUCAGUCCAGCGCAAUUUGGAGACAGAAAUUUAUUGACUUACGAAUACGACUUGAAUUAAUUGAACGUGAACGGUUAAAUGGAUCAUUAGAACCUCAGAUAUUAGCAGAAAAUGAGAUCCUUCAAGUUUGGAAUGACCAGCCUAAAACUUUCAAUUCUCUGAUAAAAGUAGCAACAUCCAUUCUGUCAAUUUUCUCGUCUACUUACUCAUGCGAAUCUUUAUUUUCUACAAUGAAUUAUAUUAAAUCAGAUGCCAGAAGUUGCUUGACCGAUGAACUAAGAGCGGCGUGUGUAACUUUGAAGAAUACACGGUAUACACCAGAUAUUAAACUGUUAUCGUCUCCACACAACAGCAGAAGUCGCACUGAGUGA